AUGCUUGGUCUACGGAAAACAACCAAAUACUGCAAGAGCAGAGUGAGGGAUGAACGGGCGAAAGAACGGCGGCGACCGUCAGUUGGGAAGGAGGUUGCGCUGCUUUCCCUCAUCCCAACCCCCGCCUCUCUCUCUGCUCGCAUCUGGGCCGUGGUCGGCCGGCCUGUUCUCUCGUCGGCCGUCUCAUUCAUUUUUGGGCCCAUUCUUUCGUCAUUCUCGCGUCAUUCCGCCUCCAAGUAG